CGACCGCCGAUUCGAGCACUCACUUUGUGACUCUCACAAACACAACAUUGCUAUCUUGACUCUGAAAAUUGUGAUAUUUCAUAUUUUGGAUCCUGUUAAUUUCUGCAGUUAUUUCAAUGUAGAAAAAUUAGAAAAUGUUUUUCCUUAUUGGUGGACUAGUAUUACUAUUUCCUGCACCUAGUGCUGCUAGAUAUCAAACACCUGCAGGAGAUGGCUGCACAAUAAGUGACAGAGUUGAGUGCUACUUCGAGGUAUACUGCUUUAAUAACUAUGAUACCAACUGGGAUAGGUUUCGGCGCAGAACGGUUAGCUUCACCCGCAACAAUGGGAUUGAGGACAUUGAUUAUGACGAAAAUGGCAUGCCACUGCCUCCCAGCGAACAUAGAAACGAAUGCCCAUCAUCAGACUUCAUAAAUUACAACGGAAAUUUUCUCUACAAGAUACGUCUUAAGUACAAAGACAGUUCAAUUGUUACAUCAGACCCAAUACCUCGUGAAAAUCGCAACUAUAAUUAUCAUAUGAAAGCACCACUCUCCAUAAUAACUCAUUUGGACUUAAGCAGUAACGAAUACAACAAUUCACCAAAUUUGAAGCGACUGGAAAAUCUCUCUUUCCUGAAUCUGUCCAGUAAUUAUUUGACCACAGCAAGCCUAAGCAACCCAUCGGAGCUGCCAGCAUUAACAAGUCUCGACUUAUCUUUCAAUAUGAUUAAUACUAUUGAACUACCAUCGUCAGGAAAUAUCUAUAGGAAUCUCAAGAAUUUGAAUAUAUCGCACAAUUACUUAGUGGAUAUACCCGAUGCCAUAUUGGAUGCCUUCACGCAGUUAGAAACCUUAGAUUUGUCGCACAACUACAUUGACGCCCUAAGUAUUUCCACAUUUGAGGGUAUAAAGAAACUAAUGUAUUUAUAUCUAUCCCAUAACAGACUUUCCGAUAUAAAUUACUCUUUAUUCAGAUUCACCGAUUUAAUUGUUUUGGACUUGAGUCACAACCGAAUUGAAAGUUUAAAAUUGAGAGAUUUUGAAAAACUAUCUAAUCUGCAAACCAUUGAUCUAAGUUUCAACUCUUUGGUUAACAUAGAAACUGCAGUUUUUUGGAAUAUGCAUUCUUUAGUUACAUUGAAUUUACAUGAAAACAAAUUAAAAACAUUAAACAAAGACACAUUCUUAAAUGCAACCAGUUUAAAAAACGUUGAUAUAUCAAAAAAUAGUUUUAAUGUGUUGCCAAGAGGAUUAUUUAAGGAGAAGGAACUAAAUUAUUUUGGUGUAAAUGGAAAUAGUUUAGCUGGUCCUCUUUCGAGUGGAACAUUUGAAGGUCUAGGCUUAGUCACAAGUUUGGAUUUAAGUUAUCAACAUCUAGCAAGUAUUGAGGACAAUGCUUUUUUAGGCCUAGAAAAUGUCAAAAUAAUGUUGCUGAAUAAUAAUGAAAUUCAAACUUUAUCUAAUAACUGUUUCAGGGGACUACGAAAUCUAAACACCCUAAAUUUAUCCAACAACAAUAUCACUAGUAUACAGUUUGACGCCCAAGACCUUAUUAAUCUGCGUUUUUUAGUUUUAAGCAAUAACCUUUUGACCCAAAUUGAGCAUGAAAAUUUUCAAGGACUAACUCUUUUAAAUUUCUUAGAUUUGUCAAACAAUAAAAUAUCGAAGUUAGAGUCAAAUUCGUUUAAAUCAUUGCGUGAUUUAAUCAAUUUUGAAGUAUCAAACAAUCCUUUGACUGGGUCACUUGAAGAAAAAACAUUUGAUGGUCUAACCUCUCUUCCAAGUCUAGUUAUAUCUUGCACACAAUUGACUACUAUUGAGAAUGGUUCAUUUAUCGGAAUGACACAAUUAAAGGAGUUAAAUAUGUCACAAAGUAAAAUAAACGAACUUCAAUACAAUGCGUUUGUGAACACUGGAGCAAUAGAAGAAAUAGAUUUAUCUUACAAUCAACUCAGAGUGUUCGAAGUAAAUGCCACAGAACUAGCAAAUCUACGCAUCUUGCUGUUAAAUAAAAAUCUUUUAAAAACUGUUUCUUCAACAACAUUUGUAGGGUUGUCACACUUGGCAACAUUGAAUUUGGCGCACAAUACUAUCAAAGAUAUCAAUGAUGAAGCUUUUCAAAAUCAACCUGAUCUGACACAUUUGGAUUUAUCUUACAAUUUAGAUAUCAAUUUUACUGAUGCCUUUAUUUCGAAAAAUAAAAAUUUGUUUAAUUUGUUGUUAUCAGGAAUACGAAAUGGAAUAACAUUUGCAAAUGUCGGAGACACUCAGCUAACUGGCCUUGAGAUCCGCUACUCUGGUUUAACUAAUGUAAGUGCGAUAAACCUUAGAGAGUUGAAUCAGUUGAAAAACGUAGACUUGAGUAAUAAUGAAGUCGUUAAGUUGGAAGUUGGGGCGUUUACUAAUCUUACUCAACUCACUCACUUAGAUGUAAGCAAUAACAAGUUGGAGUUCAUACAACCCGGAGUUUUUAAGGACAGUACCCGUUUGAGUUUUUUGAACAUAUCACACAAUUCUCUCACUGCUAUUUCCUAUGGAAUUUUCCGUGGUCUUAUUUAUUUAAAUACUCUAGAUAUGUCCUUCAAUGCUAUUAACAGUUUAGAGAGUGAAAGAUUUUAUGAAGUUCGUAGUUUGAGCGUGUUGAUAGUAGAUCAUAAUAAAAUUGAUACCCUAAAUAUAGAAGAUUUUGCAGGCACCAGUUUAUCUGAACUUAGUAUCGGAGAUAACCCUCUACCAUGUGAGUUACUCGUAAAUUUUAAGAAACAAUCUGUUUCUUUUGCGGUCACUGCGAUAAAAAUUGAUGAACAUACCGAAGAAAAUGUCGAUGGUGUUACUUGUAAUAUGAACGGGCAAUCUUAUGAGAAAAAAUCAGCUACUCAUAAUUUUGACGACAAAGCAAAAAUUCUUUUCGAUAUAAAAGAAUUAUUAACAAAAAUUCUACAACAAAAACCAAUGUCAACACAAAAUGCAAGUAACGUCAGUUUGUUUGAAAAUACCAAUUUAAAAUAUUUGAUGAAUAUUUCGAAACAAAUUGAUCGAAUUUCAUUUCAGAAUGACAAUUAUUCAACGAAUUUCAAAAGUUUUGUUGAGUUUAAAGAAAAUUCAACUGAACUAUUAACAAAAGAGACCAAACAAACGAAUAUCUUAUUGGACAGAAUACUGAGUACAUUAAAUAAAAAAUCAGUCCAAUUAACAACUCCUUUUCCAAUAUCCAAAGAUAAUGCUUCCAAUGAUUUGAUAUUGUAUAUUAACAAGGUGAAAGAAGAUUUAGAAAACGCUUUGGCAUCUGAAAAACUUAAUAUUAUAAGUGAACUAGAUCACAAAAUUUCUGUUCUCAAAGCUCAAUCACCUACUUUAAUUUCGAGGAGUCCAGUUCAAAAUAAGUUGAUGGCAACGAAAGAUGAUGCUGGAGGUGGUAAUAAAUCAAUUUUUACAGAAACUUGCGUGGCGUUAAUAUUAAUAAUAUUGGUGUGUCUUGUUUUGUAUAAAUUUUACAAAUCUAGAAUGUUCGUUCGUGCAAGGAGAUCUUACAGCACUCGAGAAUUGCCCGGAGCCAUGGAAAGUCAAAAUUUGUAGUCCAUGAAUAUAAUUUAAAUUAAAAAUAUGCAUUUAUUUAUUAAUUUUAAUAUACCAAGAAAGACAUAAGCCCUAAAAUGUAAUCUGCCAAAGUUUAGCAAUUUUGGCAGUCUGUUGGAUGUCAACAGCGAAUGUUGGAU